CUAGAGUGGCAGAGCGCGUCGCUGCGACUUGGAGACGCUCGGAUGAAAGAGCUGUGCAGCCGCUGCUGAGGAGCAGACGCGGGAGCGCAGGAGUUUUAUUCCAAGUUUACGGCAGCGGGUCUUUGUGACAGGGAUCUUGUUCUCAGGGAAACAUCCCUGGGGACACACACACUCCACAUAAGCUCCACACACACACACACACACACACACACACACACAAGCACACACCUUCACACACAGGCACCAUGCAGGAGUCGGAGCCUACAGUAUGCCAGCUGCAGCCCAACAUCAUCUCAGUGCGUCUCUUUAAGAGGAAGGUGGGUGGCCUGGGAUUCCUGGUAAAGCAAAGGGUGUCCAAGCCGCCUGUCAUCGUGUCUGACCUGAUCCGUGGCGGUGCAGCCGAGGAAUGUGGCCUGGUGCAGGUGGGCGACAUCGUCCUGGCCGUCAACAACAAGCCCCUGGUGGACCUGUCCUACGAGCGGGCGCUGGAGACGCUGAAGAAUGUGUCACCAGAGAGCCAUGCUGUGCUGAUCCUCCGUGGGCCCGAGGGCUUCACCACCCACUUGGAAACCACCCUGUCUGGAGAUGGGCGCCAGCGCACGGUGCGGGUCACACGGCCCGCCAUCCCACCCUCAAAAUCCUAUGAGCACUGCAGCCCCCUCAGCCCUCUCAGCUCAGGGCAGCAGCAAGUCAACAAGGAGCCCCAGCUUAGGGCCAUUGAGAACCUGUCCUCUCCCUCUGUCACCCCCUCAAGGUUGCAGAGAGGAGGGGUGCAGGCGCUGCUUGUGGCCCAGGACCCCCUGAUGAUGAGGGAUGGGGGCCGCGGAGCGCUCUUGUGCAACGGGGUGGAGGAGAACAACGAGCUGCUGAAAGAGAUUGAACCAGUGCUGCGCCUCAUCAAAAACAGCAAACGGGAGAUCAAUGGAGAAGGCCAGAGGAACGUGGAGAAGAGGGACGUUGAGAUUCAAGUGCAGAGGGACCUUGGCCUGGGAAAUGGCACGUCCCCCCAGCUGGUGUCAGAUAAAAACAGAGCGCUUGAUGACCUGUUGAAGAAAGACGACAUGCCGGCGGUGCUGAACAGCACUAACCCCGACACCAACAAGCCUCCAGCCCAGGGCAGGACGUCCCCCAGCAAGUCCCUCCAGAACGGCAGCCCCUCCAAAUGUCCCCGCUUCAUGAAGAUCAAGAACUGGGAGAGUGGCACAGUCUACAGUGACACUCUGCACCACAGCUCCAGCAAGAUACCAACCUGCACUGAGAGUGUGUGUAUAGGCUCUGUCAUGGUGCCCAACCAGCACAUUCGCAAGCCAGACGAGGUCAGAACCAAAGAGGAGCUGCUCCCACUGGCCACUGACUUCAUAGACCAGUACUACACCUCCAUCAAAAGGUAUGGCUCGAAGGCUCAUGUGGACAGGCUGGAGGAGGUGACCAAGGAGAUCGAGGGAUCAGGAACCUACCAGCUGAAGGACACUGAACUGAUUUAUGGCGCCAAGCAUGCCUGGAGGAACGCCGCCCGCUGUGUAGGGAGGAUUCAGUGGUCCAAAUUACAGGUGUUUGAUGCCAGAGACUGCACAACAGCUCAUGGAAUGUACAACUACAUCUGCAACCACAUCAAGUAUGCCACCAACAAAGGCAACCUGAGAUCGGCUAUUACCAUAUUUCCUCAGACGACAGAUGGUAAACAUGACUUUCGGGUGUGGAACAGUCAGCUGAUUCGCUAUGCAGGCUACAAACAGCCUGACGGACAGAUCCUGGGAGACCCCGCAAAUGUUGAAUUCACUGAGAUAUGCAUACAGCAGGGAUGGAAGGCUCCAAAGGGACGUUUUGAUGUCCUACCCCUCCUGCUGCAAGCCAAUGGAAACGACCCUGAGCUGUUUGAGAUCCCCGAGGAUCUCAUUCUGGAGGUGCCGAUCACACACCCAAAGUAUGAGUGGUUCAAGGAUCUGGACCUGAAGUGGUACGGCCUGCCGGCGGUCUCCAACAUGCUGCUGGAGAUUGGAGGAUUAGAGUUCACUGGCUGCCCCUUCAGCGGCUGGUACAUGGGCACAGAGAUUGGUGUGAGGGAUUUCUGUGACAGCUCACGCUACAACAUUCUGGAGGAGGUAGCUAACAUGAUGGCCUUAGACACCAGGAAGACCUCCUCCCUGUGGAAAGACCAGGCACUGGUGGAGAUCAACAUUGCAGUUCUCUACAGUUUCCAGUCGGCCAAAGUGACCAUAGUAGAUCACCAUUCGGCCACAGAGUCCUUCAUGAAACACAUGGAGAACGAGUACCGGGUGCGAGGCGGCUGUCCUGCAGACUGGGUGUGGAUCGUGCCUCCAAUGUCGGGAAGUGUCACACCGGUUUUCCACCAAGAAAUGCUCAACUACCGCCUCACGCCCUCCUUUGAGUACCAGCCUGAUCCUUGGAAUAACCAUGUGUGGAAAGGAGUCAACGGGACACCUACCAAGAAAAGAGCCAUUGGAUUCAAGAAGCUUGCCAAGGCCGUGAAGUUCUCGGCCAAGCUGAUGGGCCAGGCCAUGGCCAAGAGGGUGAAAGCCACCAUUCUGUUUGCCACAGAGACGGGCAAAUCUCAAGACUACGCGAAGACGCUCUGUGAAAUCUUCAAGCACGCCUUUGACGCGAAGGUCAUGUCCAUGGAUGAGUAUGACGUGGUGCACCUGGAGCAUGAGACGCUGGUAUUAGUGGUAACCAGCACGUUUGGCAAUGGGGAUCCGCCUGAAAAUGGAGAGAAAUUCGGAGCCGCCUUGAUGGAGAUGCGUGACCCAACAUCCAACACAGAAGACAGAAAGAGCUAUAAGGUGCGUUUCAAUAGCGUGUCUUCCCACUCUGACACCCGCAAGUCCUCCAGUGAUGAGCCAGAAGCCAAGGUCAACUUCGAGAGCACUGGACCUCUCGCCAAUGUCAGGGAUAUUAUGGUCAAACGGAAAAUCAAGUUCUCAGUGUUUGGCCUUGGCUCCCGGGCCUACCCACACUUCUGCGCCUUUGCCCACGCCGUGGACACGCUGUUUGAAGAGCUGGGGGGGGAGCGCAUCCUACGCAUGGGAGAGGGAGAUGAGCUGUGUGGCCAAGAGGAGGCCUUCAGAACUUGGGCCAAGAAGGUUUUUAAGGCCGCGUGCGAUGUGUUCUGCGUUGGCGAUGAUGUGAACAUCGAGAAAGCCAACAAUUCCUUGAUCAGCAAUGAUCGCAGCUGGAAGAAGAGCAAGUUCCGCUUGACCUACACGGCUGAGGCCCCGGCCCUCACAGAAGCAUUAUACAGUAUUCACAAGAAGAAGGUGUAUGGAGCCAAGAUGCUAGAAUCUCAAAAUCUACAAAGUCCCAAAUCCAAUCGCUCUACCAUAUUUGUACGGCUCCACACAAACAACCACGACAGCCUGAGCUACCAGCCUGGCGACCAUCUGGGCAUUUUCCCUGGCAACCACGAGGACCUGGUGACGGCUCUCAUAGAGAAACUGGAGGACGCUCCACCUGUCAAUCAAAUUGUCAAGGUGGAGUUCCUGGAGGAGAGAAACACUGCCUUAGGUGUGAUCAGUAAUUGGACAGACGAGACUCGGAUCCCGCCAUGCACCAUCUACCAGGCCUUCCAGUACUUCUUGGACAUCACCACCCCACCGAGCCCUGUGCUGCUGCAGCAAUUUGCCGCCCUGGCAACCAAUGACGCGCAGAAAAAGAAACUAGAGAUUCUCAGUAAGGGCUUACAGGAGUACGAGGAGUGGAAGUGGUACAAUAAUCCCACGCUUGUGGAGGUGCUGGAGGAGUUCCCUUCCAUCCAGAUGCCCUCCACUCUUCUGCUCACCCAGCUGCCACUGCUGCAGCCCCGCUACUACUCCAUCAGCUCCUCCCCAGACCUGCACCCGGGAGAGAUCCACCUCACUGUGGCUGUGGUCUCCUACCGCACCAGAGAUGGAGAGGGCCCAGUCCACCAUGGAGUGUGUUCAUCAUGGCUCAACAGAAUAGAGAAGGGCGAGAUGGUGCCGUGUUUCGUCCGAGGUGCACCAUCAUUCCAACUUCCCAAAGAUCGCAAAGCUCCAUGUAUCCUGGUGGGUCCUGGCACAGGAAUCGCCCCGUUCAGAAGCUUCUGGCAGCAGAGACUGUAUGACCUUGAGCACAAGGGGAUUGAGUCGUGCCCCAUGAUUUUGGUAUUUGGUUGCCGGCAGUCUCAGAUGGACCACAUCUACAAGGAGGAAACUAUCCAGGCCAAGAAUAAAGAAGUGUUCAAGGAGCUCUAUACGGCCUAUUCCAGAGAACCCGGCAAACCAAAGAAAUAUGUACAGGAUGUGCUGCGUGAGCAGCUGUCAGAGAUGGUGUACCAGUGCCUGAAGGAUGAGGGAGGACACAUCUACGUUUGCGGGGAUGUGACCAUGGCCGGAGAUGUUCUCAAGACUGUCCAGCAGAUCAUCAAGCUGCAGGGCAACAUGAGCCUAGAGGAUGCUGGCUUCUUCAUCAGCAAGCUUCGAGACGAGAACCGCUACCACGAGGACAUCUUCGGCGUCACCCUGCGCACUUAUGAGGUCACCAACCGACUUCGUUCAGAGUCCAUUGCCUACAUCGAGGAGAACAAAAAAGAUUCAGACGAGGUUUUCUGCUCGUAGGUCCAUGAACUGGGAGCUCUCUGACAUCAACCGAUCUGGAAGACACAGCACCGCUGGUUCAAGAAUACUGUGCCAAUUUUUGUACUGUAAAAAAAUGUUUUUUCUUUCUUUUUUAUACAACUUUUCGUUUUUGUUGGGCUCUGCAAUUUGUCUGUAGCAAGUUGGAAAUGUUUUGUUCUCUGAGAAUUUGUUUUGCUUGUUGAUGAUACUUCCAAAAAUUUUAAUCGGUCAUUUGAAUUCAUAAUGUGUGCACCCAGUGUAAUGACCUGCCUCAUUGUCAAUGCAUGAGCAAGACAAAAAUAUAGUCAAGAAAUAUAAUAUACUCUGUGUUCUUUACUGUUACAGUCAAAUGCUUUUGUUAUUAAGGGUUUAUAUUUGCAAGAAACCUCUUGGCACUUGAUAACAAACUCACAGGCCAACCCCUUUCUGAAGUGUAAACAUCAUAUACUGUAGUUUUCAAUUCCCACAAGCAGAAAAGAAUCAGCGCUGGUCAAAUUUGUGCUGCUUAUCACUAAUAUCAAAGGCUCUUAGUUUCACACAGAGUUUAAACAGCAAGUGAAAAUGCUAGACAGUGAGGGAGAUGUAAAAGAUGGACAGUCAUAGCUUGAAAAACUAAACAGGACAGACUAAUCUGGCAUGUUGAGGGAUUGUCCUUGAAUAAUGGAAAAAGCUGAUUCUGUCAAAACCUCAGCAGACACAUUAUCC